AUGGUUUAUGAAAUUGCCAACGAGGAUUGUCUUUUUGGACAACUGCAAGUUGCUUUUUGUUACAAUAGAGAAUUAGAAAAAGGACAACCUGAAGGACAUGUCAUUUGUUAUCGUAUUGGAAGCUGGGUCAUGCAAAAUGAUAAGGAAGAAAA